UAGUCAUUUUUCAUUUUGCCCAUCCCAACUCCUCAGCCCUAAACGCAGCUUCUGCACCACCAACAGCCAAGUACCUUUUCUUCAGCUUUGCAUUCUUUAAAUUUACCAAAUCAGUAUAAUGCACUUAUAGAUACAGAGUGAGAAUGGGUAGAGAGAUGGCUAAUUCAACACCUAAUCAGAAGCAGCAGCCGUCGGCGAUGUCGUACACCGUGGAGCAACUCGUCGCCGUCAACCCUUACAACCCGGACAUCCUUCCAGAUCUCGAAAACUAUGUGAAUGAACAAGUCUCUUCUCAAACGUAUAGUUUGAGUGCAAAUCUCUGCCUUCUUCGUCUCUACCAGUUCGAGCCAGACAGAAUGAGUACUCAAAUUGUUUCCCGUAUUUUGAUUAAGGCUUUAAUGGCAAUGCCGGCACCAGAUUUCAGCCUUUGUCUCUUUUUAAUUCCUGAAAGAGUGCAAAUGGAAGAAGAGUUUAAGACGCUCAUUGUUCUCUCACACUACUUGGAGACAGCCAGGUUCUCCCAGUUUUGGAAUGAAGCAGCUAGGAGUCGCCACAUAGUAGAUGCUGUACCGGGGUUUGAGCAAGCAGUUCAGGCAUAUGCAGUUCAUGUACUUUCACUGACUUUCGAGAGGGUUCCGAGAUCUGUUCUUGCCGAGGCCAUCAACGUUGAAGGUCUGUCUCUUGACAAGUUCAUCGACCACCAUGUAUCCAACCCAGACUGGGCUAUAGAGAAAAGUCAGGAUAAGGGCCAACUCAUUAUUCUCCCAAGAAAUGAAUUUAACCAUCUAGAGCUCAAGAAAAGUACCGUAGACAGUGUUCCAUUGGAGCACAUCGCCCGUAUCUUCCCCAUUCUUGGCUGACAAGAUCCCAAAUUUUGCUUUAUUGAUCGAAGCCGAGAAUGGAUAUGACGUGUAAGCUGCACUCAUAGGGUGGAUAUAGGUUCUGGUCACAGGCUAAACUGAAAUCCUUUUUAAUUUGCCAUGUUUUUAUUGAUUUGAUGUAACGAUUAUAAAACCACUUUUUAAUUGGAUUACGAGGUAUUUAUGCCUCAUCUCUAUGGAGAGUUUACUAGGCGCCUGCAUUCCUUA